UUCCUGAUCCUGCACAACGUUGCGAAGAGGAAGAACUUUGGCGACAUUCUGCGUAGUGCUGCAGCGCUCGGCGUGUCGGAGGUUGCCGUCGUCGGCGCCGCAAAGCUGUCGUCGCACGGGGCGCAGGGCUGUGCUGGUCACCUCCGCUUCUCGCACUUCCACAAGCUGGACGACGCCGUCGCCUACCUGCGUGGCGUGCAUGGCGCCGUCAUCACCGGCAUCGAGAUCUCGCCGGAGUCGCGAAACGUCGCAUCGCAGCCGUUCCGCGGUAGCCACGCCUUCAUGCCAGGCAACGAGGGGCACGGGCUCACACCCGCGCAGCUGGCCGUCUGCGACGAACUGGUCUACAUCCCUCAGCACUCGGCCGCCACCGCUUCGCUCAACGUCAACGCGGCGUGCGCCAUCGUGCUGCACCACUUUGCCAUGUGGGCGGCUCUUCCCGAGGCGGCCAGGGACGGGGCGUACAAGUACGUGACUGAGCCAGCGGCCUCAUCG